AUGCCAGACCAACGACUCCACCAGGCUCAAGCCGCUCCUCCUGGUCCAUCCAGCACAUUCAGCAUCGACUUCUCCGUGUCCACGGGAUCAGAAGUCGACGACAACUUUGAGACCCUGCGCGACACGCACCAUGUAGUAAUCGACAGGCUCUUUCCCGAAGAUGACGAAGAAAUGUCUCCUUUUCCGGACUCUGUGUCGAGUUUCCAGACCCCGAAGUCCUCGUCCGCACAGUCCCAUUCUAUUCAUGACUUUCACACAAAGCCGUCAUUUAACGUGGCAUCUGCCGAGUCACUCUUGACGUCCUUCCGCUCCAUGUUGACAUAUUUUCCCUUCAUCACCUUGCCCGAGGAUAUCCCUAUUAAGCAAAUGGCUGCGGCGAAGCCGUUUGUUCUGCUGUCGAUACUUUCGUCUACUUCUGGCUCCAAGACGCUACAGGGCCAUACCUUGUACGAUGAGGAAUUUAGAAAAGUGCUGGGAUUGAAGUUUGUUGCGGGCGGCGAGAGGAGCCUGGAACUACUUCAAGGUUUGCUCAUAUAUUGUGCUUGGUAUCCCUUUCAUCUAAGACCCAAAAACAAACAAGCCUUCCAAUACAUGAGAAUGGCUGCAGAUAUGGUUCAUGACCUGGAGCUGGAUCAAGAACAGCCAGAUCUUAACAUGUGGUCAGAUACGCCCAAUCUCACAGACGAGCAACUUGACCGAAUACGGGUGUUACUCAGCUUCCUCGCUACUUGGAAACGCAGCAAGGGAAUUGAUAUACCAUAUACGUCGUGGACAGCCAGAUGUUGUGAGAUGCUCGAAAAGCAUGGCAAAACGCAGGGCGACCUCGUCCUUGCCGCACAGACUCGCGUGUCGCGUAUCUUGUGUCAGGCGACGAAGACGCUGAAUGGCAAAUAUGACCAAGUGGAUGAAGACAGAUGCAUCAUGGUGGCUGGCUUCAAGUUUGAGUUGGCUCAGAUCGAAUCAUCGCUGGCCUUUCCGCUCAACAUGUCGGUAUCGCUGAAAAUACAAAUCCUCUUCAUCAAAGUGUUCCUCGACAGCGGCACACUCCUCAGGUUUCCCCGGCCACCCCCUUCUGAAUCCUAUAAAUUGGAGCCUUCCCCCUUGGCAAACGCCAAAUUACACGACUGCGUGUACAGCACAGCCGCCUUUUACCAGGAGCUCAUGAGCCUAGAAGAUGCCGCAUUCUCCUGCUUUACAAUCGUUGACUGGUCUCGCCCCAUCUUAGCCACGAUACUCGGCAUCAGACUGUCCUUUAGAAUUCCAGAAUGCCCUGAUUGGGACUCGGAGUGGGCGCGGUCACAGCUCAAACUGGACGACUUCCUAGCGCGCAUGUCGCAGCAAAAAUCUGAUCUCACACCCGCCUCCAAGAAAGUGGGCAUUCUAUCUGCAAGUCGAACUGUCAUGGGUGUCGUGCGGGAAAAGUAUCAAAAGCGGCUGGCGGCCGUGGAGCGUCAGAGCAAGAGCCCGGCGCGGAUCACAUGUCCAAUGCUUGAUGGAAGCGUGGAGCCGUAUUUCCCUGUUUGGGAUGCUGCGCUCAAUCCGCCGCUGAUGAUGGAGGCUUUGGGCGAGGGACCUGAUGGGCAACCCGUAUUUCAAGAUCUCUGGACGGCGAUGACGAUGGGGUGGACGCACGACGAAUUGUGA